GAGACUCGGUGCUGCUGUCGGCGAUUGAAGCGGUCGGUCUCUGGCGGCUGCCGCAGGGAGGCGGCUGAGGCGGCUGCGGACUGGGGGGCGCCCUCCUCCCGGCCGGGGGGAGCGGCACGCGGAGCAGAGCAGUGACCUAAGACUUUUUGGAGGGCAGCACGCCUAGAGAUACACGCCGCCCUUCAUCACGCACACUCCUCCAGCACCAUGUCAGGAAACCACACCCCCUCCUCUGGGGGCCCCUUCUCAGCUCUCACCCCCAGCAUCUGGCCACAGGAGAUCCUGGCAAAGUACACCCAGAAAGAAGAGUUGGUGGAGCAGCCGGAAUCCCGGUACGAUGAAUUCGGCUUCCGAGUGGAUAAGGAAGAUGGCACUGAGCCGAACUCCAGCAAGCUGCUGGGGACUCCGCUGACGGAGGAGCCACAGCAGAGGCUGAAGUGGCAGGCCCACCUGGAAUUCACGCACAACCACGACGUGGGGGACCUCACCUGGGACAAAAUCGAGGUCACGCUGCCGGGUUCGGACAAACUGCGCUCACUGGUGCUGGCUGGCAUCCCACACAGCAUGAGGCCUCAGCUGUGGAUGCGUCUCUCUGGGGCCUUGCAGAAGAAGAGGAAUUCGGAGAUGUCCUACCGAGACAUUGUGAAAAACAGCUCCAAUGACGAAACUAUCUCUGCCAAACAGAUCGAGAAGGACCUGCUCCGCACCAUGCCCAGCAACGCCUGCUUCUCCAACAUGAACAGCAUCGGGGUGCCACGACUGCGCCGGAUACUCCGGGGACUAGCCUGGCUUUACCCAGAGAUCGGAUACUGCCAAGGCACCGGCAUGGUGGCGGCUUCCCUGCUGCUCUUCUUGGAGGAGGAAGAUGCCUUCUGGAUGAUGUGCGCCAUCAUCGAGGACCUGGUACCUGCCUCCUACUUCAGCACCACGCUGAUGGGAGUGCAGACCGACCAGCGCGUCCUACGCCACCUCAUCGUGCAGUACCUGCCACGGCUGGACAAGCUCCUUCAAGAGCAUGAUAUUGAGCUGUCCUUGAUCACCCUGCACUGGUUCCUCACGUGCUUCGCUAGCGUUGUGCAUAUCAAACUGCUGCUGCGCAUCUGGGACCUCUUCUUCUACCAGGGUUCGCUGGUGCUCUUCCAGGUCACACUGGGCAUGCUCAGUAUGAAGGAAGAUGAGCUAAUCCAGUCGGAGAAUUCUGCCUCCAUCUUCAACACUCUCUCGGACAUCCCGUCUCAGAUCGAGGAUGCGGAGGUGCUGCUGCGGGAGGCCAUGCGCGUCUCUGGCUCACUGACAGACAUGGCAGUGGAGACCCAGCGCCGCAAGCACCUGGCUUACCUCAUCGCUGACCAAGGGCAGCUGCUCAACCCCAGCGCCGCUGUCAAUAAUCUAUCCAAGAUUGUGCGGCGCAGGACCCAGCGCAGGAAAUCUGGCAUCACCUCGUUGCUUUUCGGUGAGGAUGAUUUGGAGGCACUGAAGGCCAAGAACAUCAAACAGACUGAGCUGGUGGCUGACCUUCGUGAGGCGAUCCUGCAGGUGGCACGGCACUUCCAGUGCGUGGAUCCAAAGAACUGCAGCAUUGACCUGACUCCAGAUUACACCAUGGAGAGCCACCAGCGGGACCACGAAAACUACGUGGCAUGUUCCCAGAACCGCCGGCGCCGAGCCAAGGCACUGCUGGACUUCGAGCGCCAUGACGAUGACGAACUGGGCUUCCGCAAGAACGACAUCAUCACAAUCAUAUCCCAAAAGGACGAGCACUGUUGGGUGGGGGAGCUGAAUGGACUGAGAGGUUGGUUUCCUGCAAAAUUUGUGGAGGUCUUGGAUGAACGGAGCAAAGAGUACUCUAUUGCUGGCGACGACUCGGUCACAGAGGGGGUGACAGACUUGGUCCGAGGCACGCUCUGUCCAGCACUGAAGUCUAUAUUUGAGCAUGGGUUAAAGAAGCCGUCCCUGCUGGGGGGGCCCUGCCACCCCUGGCUGUUUAUCGAAGAGGCCGCUGGACGGGAGGUGGAACGAGACUUCGACUCGGUGUACUCCCGCCUCGUGCUCUGUAAGACUUACAGGCUGGAUGAAGAUGGAAAAGUUCUGACUCCAGAGGAGCUGCUUUACCGGGCAGUGCAGUCUGUGAACAUGACGCAUGACGCUGCACAUGCUCAGAUGGACGUGAAGCUUCGCUCCCUCAUCUGCGUUGGACUCAAUGAGCAGGUCCUGCACCUGUGGCUGGAGGUGCUGUGCUCGAGCCUGCAGACAGUGGAGAAAUGGUUCCAUCCCUGGUCCUUCCUGCGCAGUCCUGGCUGGGUGCAGAUCAAGUGUGAGCUCAGGGUCCUCUCCAGAUUUGCAUUCAGUCUCUCUCAGGACUGGGAACUUCCUAUUAAGAGAGAGGAGAAGGAGAAGAAGCCGCUGAAGGAAGGCGUGCAGGACAUGCUGGUGAAGCACCAUCUCUUCAGCUGGGACAUAGAUGGCUGACCCCGCCCACUGCGGACCUUCUAGACUGCCACACUCAACACACACUCUCUCCUCCCUCCCCCACCUGUGGCUGCUCUCAGCCCAGCUGAAGCGACAGCCUCUCCAGCUCGGCCGGGCACUGCACCCCAGGCACUGGGUGGUUGGAGGGCUGUGUGUGGUCUUGCAGGCAGAAAUCCUUCCCCCAGCCUGUGCAGCAUACCCUGCACCAGCUGCCCAGCUCUCAGUCCCAUGUGUUCCCUUGCCCCCAGCUGUAAGUCCUGCUCGGGUGGGGGGAACUCCACCAGCCAGAUUUCUAGCUUCCCUUUUGGCCCACCCCGCUGCUCCUCUGGGAGAGAGUUCUUAAUCUGCCUACUAUCCUAGGGGUAGUGAGCAGAUCGGUGUGUCUGUCCAAUGUUUCCAAGUGCCGCUGGAGCCCAGAAUGUGAGGGCAGCAUGUGAAGAGGCAGCUCCCCCUGCCUGUUUAGUAACUCCAGAGUCCAUUGAGGGGGGAGGCUGAGGAAUGCACAGAACCACCUGAACUUCCCUGUCUCUUGUGCUUUGGGAGCCUCCCUCUGUGAAAGAUGUUUUGUCUUGUUGCUCCAGCAGUGUAAUGGACGGAUGAGGGUGCCGACAAGAUGUGCCUAAGGGAGCAGCCAGUUACCAACUAGAACUGCCUUAGGGGAUGAGGCUUUUUCUCAAAAGUGUGGAGGCAAGCCCCAGUUCUCCCCUAGCCAGAGGGAGUAUCAUACUGUCGUUUUAGCCUCUAGCCGUCUUGUUUUAAAUUAACCAAAAAGAUGUAAAUGAUCUCUAGACAUAUCUGUAUAUUUUGGCAUCAUCUUAGCUCAGGAAGUGGGUUCAGGCCUGAGCUGGCUCAGGGAGACUAACUCAGCCCCUACCCUGUGGGAAGAGGCUGAGGACUAUAAGCUAGGAGUGGACCAACACUACUGCUGUAGGGUGAAAGCACUUGUUUGUGAGCACAAACUACUCAUGAAAUAACACUAGAUUCUUACUUUCCUUUAGUCUUUGGGGUUGUAAAUAAAGUGCAUCGUGGGAGAGCUUUGGUGGUUUUCUCCAGCAGGGAUGGGGGUGGCGGGUGAGCCUUCCUUUGGUUUGCUGUUGCAGGUCUCUGUGGGGUUUAAGAUGGAUGCCUGCUCUCUGAGCUCCUGGAGGGAAAGAGGAAUCCUUUACAGGACCAGAGAAUUUGUCUUUAUCUCACUCAGUGACCCUGAAAUCACCUCAUCUCUUUUGUCCCUGUUUCCAACUGAAAUGGGUCUUAAUCCUUUACGGCUUGGUUUGGAAUUUAGCAAAUGGGAGCAGGCUGCACUGUGCAGUGGGAUUUAGAGGCACACAGAAUUGCAUCCCCACCCCUGCAGGGAAGAUGGCCCUCGCUAUUGCAGAACAAAAUAUUCAGCUGUGGCUACGGCAUUAGCGCCAUUCUACAGCGCAACAAUAGGGCCAGGAAAGACUAGGUCAAGCCUGGCUUGCUGACUAAAGCAGGUAUCAGAACCAGCAGCACACUGCACCAGAACUAGUGAGAGCAUGGUGGGAUGGAAUAUUCAGGACACUUCUAAUGGUGACAUUUGUCAACAACAGCGUUUCCACUGUACAAAUUAAAAUCACAUCCCCUGGGACUUAUCAGUGUGAAAAAACACAGCAGGAAAAGCCGUUCUGCACUUUUUCGUCUGUCAUGCAGUUUAAAAAAAAAAUAAAGGUUCUUUGCAAGGCAACCACGCACCUCAGCAUAGGGGAGUGGGGAAGAGAGGCUGUCUCAAAACAGAGUUCAGGGCUGAACACAGUUAAGAGGUAAGGUGCCCUUUAUACUUCCAGGAGGGAACCAAAGAAAACAGGAGAGCCUUGCUUGACAGCUCUUUAGGAAUUGUGCACUCCUGUGUCCUAAACCCAACCGAUGGAAACCUCGAGAAGGUUGGAGACAACUUGGAGCAGACACAGAUGAGCAUAAGGCAUGCCAGCCUGUUUCUAUUCAAGUACUACUCUAACAGGAAUGGAUCCAUUUGCAGGACACUUGCUCCCUGGGGAUGCUCCACUGUAGGAUGUGCACGCACUUGACCAGAGACUGUAAACAACAGUGUUGCAGUGCCACACCUGGAGCUCCAGGUGAGGGCAUACAGGGAGGUGUAGACCCACUGCUGCUCCAGUUCCUUCUCAACUAUGAAACCUGGCAGACUCUGCACAUGAGGGGAAGAGCAGGAGGCAGAACACCCUGAUGCAUAAAACAUCUUGAAGAACUCACAUUACUGUACAGCUAGGUAGCCUCUCUAUGACCUGAGGGAUGCUCCAGUGUCGGAGAUUCCUAAGCAGUAGGUCAACAUGGAGGUGAGUAGUGAAUUGAAGACAGGUUGGAGGACUGUCACUCAAGGUCAUGUCAGCUAUGGAUGCAGGUCUGAUGGUGUAAUGUUUGACAAAUGUGUGAACCAAGGAGCAGGUCGCAGCCCUGCAGGUUUCUGAGAUGGUGAUGUCCUUAAAGAGGGCGACAGCAGUGGACUGAGCCUUCACUUGCUGAGGGGGAUAUUUCACAGCAGAUCAAGAUACAAUAAAACCCUCUUGGACAGGCUUAGGGGAAGUCAGCUGACCCCUCAUCCUUUUCGCCAAGGAUACACAGAGUCUUAAUGCUGGCAGGGUAGAUGGCAAGAACCCUACUUACAUCUAAUGGUUGGAGACUAGCUUCCUCCCUCAAGGGAGGGGCUUAGCCAUUUACUGGUAUUUUAGCCUACCUUGGUUGGUGUGAAAUUCCAACAAGUCUUUAGGGAGGAAUCAAGGAUGGGGGCGCAGCAUGACCUUUUCACGCUAGCACGUAGUGGAUGGUGGUUCUGCCAUGAGCCCUGCGUUCUCUCAUUCUUCUGGCUGAGGUGACGGUGAUCAGAAGCAAGUCUUGAGGAUGAGAAAGCAGGGAGUUUGCAACUGCUGGUAAACCACUGAAGUAUCUGUGUGAGGAGAGAUGUACUAGUACCACAGCUAUUCUACACACAAGGACCAAGAUCUUGCUCCUUCUCAUCAGUUUACAUAAUACAUAGCUGCACUGCUGUCCGGCCCUUUCUGUCACAAAGUAAGUGCUGACAUGGGUAGUGGCCUUCCCUUAGUUCCAGGAUGUUCAUUUGGAGUGAACUCUCUUGGAUGAGGACCAUUUUCCCUGUGCUGUGGCACUCCACCCAAAAGAGGCAUCCAGUGUGAAGAUUUUUUGAGAAUGGUAUUUCCACACCAACCUUCAGAGGAUCUUUCCACCUAAGAGAGGCUAGUACUCAGGGAGGCACAGUGAUUUGUUUGGGGCAUACAUAAUCCUUCCCAAGGCCUGACCAUCUGAGAUGCAGCCUUGCAUCUGGCAUAAUGAAUGUGGAGGCCGACAUGGCCUAGGCGUUGGCUGGGGGCUGUCUGAGUGGUUUCAGUGGCUUUCGGUGCCCAUCUUGGUCUUAGAUGCAUAUGCUGGAGGUGUCAAAUAGUACCAAGCAAGAUGCCUCUUGGUGCUGCUUGGUUGAAACCUUCUCUGAGUAGGUGGUGUUAGGCCAUGCCAGAGUCUCUGGCAGAAGAAAGCGGCUUUCUUCUUUAGAGGCCUUCAGCUCUGAAACUGAGGCUGGAGGGCACUGGUAUGGCCUGAGAGGUUGAGGCUAAUGUUAAGGGACGUGUUCCUGCCGUUAAACCCCCCGCAGACUUUGCACGUGGAUGGGACAUAAGAUUUUCUGAGGCACCACAGACAGCUUAUAGGUCCUAUCACUAUAAGGAAAACCGUUCUGGCAGCACUGGAACCUUGGAGUCUUAAGCAUAAUCUGGGUAAGUGUCAUAGACCACAAAGGCUGAAGGGGCAAGAAUUUCAGAAUGCCCCUCCCCCCCAAGUUGUGCAACAACUAAGGGGAAAAAACCCAAAACUAAUAGGCUAGGAAGCAGCUGUCAAUGCAGUUGCUCCAGCUUAAGCUGCAGGCAAUUAAGUGGAGGGGUGAGGGGGUCUAUAUCUCCCUACGUCCUUUCAUCUGAGAGCACAAGACCCUGCACUUCACAGGCACUCACCGUUAUUUACAAUCUCUGGUCAAGAGUGCAGGGUGCAUACAUGUCCUACAGCAGAGCCCCCAUAAGGGCACGUACUAAAUAACUGGAUCUCCCAACUCCCAUCCAAAGAGGGCAGCACCCUCCCCUCUACAUUGGUAAAAUGUCUUCCCCUUGGUUCAGUCGUGGAGAAAUGGAGGUGGGUUAAAAUCUGUCCUCGCUGUUUGGACAGAGAGAAACUUACUGUUUAUGGGCAUGCGGUUAGUCCCCCCACCCUGUAUGGAAAUAUCCCUAUAGUGUCACUCACCAUCUUUACCCACUCACCAAGAACAAAAUGCUACAGCAUUUAAAAGCAAGACAAAGCAUGCUGGGAAGGGGAAGCUGCUGUAGGUGCAAAUAAUGCACUAGGAGAGUUAGGAUUCCUCCUCCUCUUCUCACUUCCCAUACCUCCAUUUCAAAGACAAAAGGUGAAGGGCUCUCAGCCUGCAAGGGCAGGGAUGUCCUGUACCAAUGCCUACAAGACAGACCUUUUGAUCAUGUUUUUUCUUUAUUUUUUAAUAAAAUGUUUUUUUCCAAGUA